CCUCCGGCCUGCGCGCCCGCCUGCGCCCUGGGCUGGGGCCGGGGGCCGGAUAACGGGCGGGGACCGGCGCUGUCAGCGAGCCGGCUCCGGACCCUGGCUGAAGAAUCUGCUCCCCGUAUUAACCCUUUGCUUGUCUGCUGCACCUUCGGCCCUGGCACCUCAAGGCGCUUUUCACACAGCGUUGAGUUUCAUCCUUCUGAGAGGAUGUCGGAGGAGCUGCCCUUGCACAUCAACAUCCGGGAGCCGCGAUGGGACCAGGGCACUUUCCAGGGGCGAGCCAAGCACUUCUUCAUGGUGACUGACCCCCGCAACCUCCUGCUGUCCGCGGCGACGCUGGAAGACGCCCGGAGGGUGGUUGAGAAUUACAGGUCGGGGACGGUAUCACCGGACCUGACAGAGGACCAACUCUGGCGGGCAAAAUACAUCUACGACUCAGCCUUCCACCCCGACACCGGGGAGAAGAUGAUCCUGAUCGGGCGCAUGUCGGCCCAGGUGCCCAUGAACAUGACCAUCACCGGCUGCAUGCUCACCUUCUACAGGACGACCCCCGCGGUGUUAUUCUGGCAGUGGGUGAACCAGUCGUUCAACGCGAUUGUGAACUACACUAACCGAAGCGGAGACGCCCCCAUCACGGUCGGCCAGCUGGGGACGGCCUACAUCAGCGCCACCACCGGGGCAGUUGUGACGGCGCUGGGACUCAAAUCUCUCACCAAGCAUUUGCCAUCGAUUAUUGGCCGCUACGUGCCUUUUGCUGCCGUGGCAGCUGCUAACUGCAUCAACAUUCCUUUAAUGCGGCAGAGGGAGCUGAAGUUUGGGAUCCCCGUCACAGAUGAGGAUGGGAACCGGCUGGGGGAGUCGAGGGCAGCGGCCCAGCAAGCCAUCGCUCAGGUGGUGGUGUCCCGGAUCGGCAUGGCCGCCCCCGCCAUGGCCAUCCCUCCUGUGAUCAUGAACGCCCUGGAGAAGAGAGCCUUCCUGAAGCGAUACCCCUGGCUGAAUGCUCCCUUGCAGGUCGGGCUGGUGGGAUUCUGCUUGGUGUUCGCGACCCCGCUGUGCUGCGCACUCUUCCCACAGAAAAGCUCGAUGCGAGUGAGUCGCCUGGAGCCUGAAGUCCAAGCUCUGGUCCGGGAGAAGAACCCUCACAUUGAGAUUGUCUACUUCAACAAAGGGCUUUAAGCCAGGCUCUGCUCCACUCCCCCAGCUGCCAGGAGAAGAGAUCAGGGAACGGAUCGGAACCCAGGCGUCCGGGGAGAAUGUUAAAUGUAGUACUAGAAUAAUGCCUUUGAGCUGCUGCUUUAUUUCUGGCUGUCGUGUGUCAGUAGGUGCUGUGUGUACGAUGUAGGUUCCUUGCACUCAGAUGACCCAUCGCAAUAGGUAGUGUUAUAUGCUGCUGUGGUAUAGAUUGUCUUUCCUGAACAAAACAGAAACAGGCAGAGCUGAUCCUCUCUGGUGGCAGGUCGAGAGCGGCCAGGGCCCCUAAGUAACCCUCCCUCCACUCCACCCUCCUGCUGUGCGUGGUCCCAGAGUGGCUCACAUGUCCAUCUUUACUGCUCUGGAGAGUAAUGCUCUUGAGAUGCUUCCAUGGGAUGCGGCUGCCGUCUUUAUAGACACUUGAUUGCGAUGAGGUGGACUGACUGCUGGGGAAAGCUACGUACUUAUACAGCAGAGUCACUCAGAAAAAGAUCGAGGGGGGAAAGAAACUACUAUACAAGGGAUCUUGGUGCAGAGAUGGAUCCCAGAGAGUUUUGGGGUAUCCUGAUCUGGGGUUUCUCUGCCUACCAGAGGAGAAUUAGCUGCAGUGCCUGAAUGUGGGGAAAGCCCGGACCCAGAUCUGUAACUCAGCUUUGCACUUGGGCUGAUUGCUGCUGUUGGAACCUGGUGUUUGGAACCAGCUUUCACUCAUGUGUAUGUGUUUUUGCACACUCAGUGCCUGUGCAUGUCUGAACUUCCUGGACCUGCACUCUGCAGGGACCAGUUCUGAAACCUUGCUCAUGCCCGAAUAAUGGAAUUUCCAUGGGGGAGAGUUAAACUGUCUGUGAGGAAAUUCCCCUGCCUGUCUGCACAGAUCUAACCCGCUGCCCUUUGCAUUGCCCCUUUUAAACACACUCUGGGAGGCGUGAGUAGGGCUACCAGACAGCAAGUGUGAAAAAUCAGGAAGGGAGUGAGGAGUAAUAGGAGCCUAUGUAAGAAAAAGACCCAAAAAUUGGGACUGUCUCUAUAAAAUCAGGACAUCUGGUCACCCUAGGUGUGAGGGAAAGUCUGCCCCCCCCCCCCCCCGUUUUAUUGUGACUAUUGACUCAAUACACGUAGGGUGCAGGGGAAAAUGCAUCACAAUUGUUUUAGGAUGCGAAAGACAAACCCAGGCGCAAGAGAUCACUGAUCAAUAAAGCACAAGAAGAGGAGGAAACCUGCCCCUCUUCUCUUAUCGGAAGGAACAGACGCUACAGGGGUAGGGAGACUCUUCCAGUAAUCACAGCUCUGUCACAGCCUGCACCAUCGAGCUUAAAAUCGUCCUUGUACAGGGCUGAUCCUGCCCCCUUGAAAUCUGCAGGAGCUGCACCGUUGGCUUCAGUGGGUGCAGGAGCAGGGGUCUGAAUGCAUCUUUUUAAAACUAGCAUAAUCAAGGCACCUAAUGUAGAACGGAUGGCUCAGAAAUGCCUGACCUGCCUGUCCGCUCAUGGAAAAAGCUGGGGAAUGUCACAGCUAAGCACAAGGGGCCCAAGGCUACUCCCGGUCAGCAAUUUAAUCCGGUUUUCCGCUGCUUUCAUCUCCAGAGCAAAUUACACAUUCUAAUCUCCAAAAAACAGCCCGGAGGGGUGUUGUUAUUUAAUGUCGCCUUUGUUCCAGGCUCAAGUCGCAUCCUGGGGCUGCUCGACGCCCUUUGAACAUGUUUACUUCCACAGGGCUCCUGUCUCCUUGCUGUAAGAUCACCCUGUUGUUUGCUAGAUCAGCCUCCCUUCGAACAUGUGACAUUUAAAGGGAUCUUGUCACACUGCUUUAAGGUCACUGUGCUUUGUGGCAUGGGUGGGUGUGUAGCUACAUACAGAUAGAAAUUGGAUGUUUUACAACAUCGAAACCAGACAGAAAUGUUUCUGUGACAUUUAAUGAAAAUGUGUUUAGUCCUGGCCUGGAUAUAAAUCUUCCCCUGUUGUGCUGGGGACUGGCCCUCUGCUCCUGCCAGAAAGGAGACAGGAAACUGAGUAGACUCGAGGUGAAACUGACCCCCCUGGUUUGCCUGGCCCAGCUGAGUGAGGGGCACAGAGCACACAACCCAGCUCUGGGGCAGAAAGGGAAUUGGAUAUUUAAAAGUAGAACUAGUUGGAGGUGGUGUCACAGUAAGAGCGGUCUUUGAUUAUAUCCUGGAGGGAGAAUCAGCCCCAUCCUACAAAAGACACAGAGAGAGAUCAGAUCUGCUGUGUUCAGAUCUGCUGCAGAAGAUGGCUUGUUGCUCCUCCCAGAUGCCUGGGGUGACUCUAGUUCCCAAAGGGAAAACGGGACACUGCGCAGGGCUGGUCUGAGGCCCCCCCCAACCCCCCCCACAGGGCUGGCCCGAGCCCUCCUCCCUGAGCGGGGAUGGCCCGAGUUGCUUGCCUGAUCCCUGCCUGCCCUCUGCACGGGCUGGGGUUGCUGCUUGCCUGAGCCCUGCCUGCCCCCUGCACAGGGCUGGCAUUGCAGCCCCCCCCCCCAAUCGCAUGUUCCUCUGCACCUCAUUUUUUUGACAAAAGUGGGCAUUUGGCCCGUUUGCACUUGCUAGCUGAUCAAGUCGUCCCCUAGAAUAGCCUUGACAGAAUCAGGCUCAGCGCUUGUCUGUAAUUUGCCCAGAUUGCACUGGCUGGGAGGGCAAUGAUAAGGACCAUCAAUCCUCAUGCUUCAGGGCACAGAGUGAUCAGCAGUUGGGGUCAGGCAGAAAUCCCCCCCCCACCCUGACUCACAUAACAGUGCACUGUGGGUGUUUCACACUUCCCUCUGAAGUGUUUGGUACAGCAGUGGGCAUUGCACGGGGCUACGUGAGACAUCGGAUUCCAGAGGACUUAGAUAGGGACAGGCUGACUUUAAUCGUCAAGUCCACUGGGGGGACAAUCCUUUCCAAUGGUUUUGAAAGCCCUCAAGUGUUGGUUUUGAGGGAGGCUGGAGGCAGCUUGGUCCAAGUGGUUUGAGCAGGGCUCUGGGAGUCAGGACUCCUGGGUCUCCAUCUUGGUUUGGCCAUCGAUUUGCUGUGUGCCUGUGGGAAAGCCAUUUCACCCGGCCACACCUCGGUUUUCCCGGGUGAGGGGAAUGGGGGCAUCUGGAUGCGAUAAAUCAAUCCCCGAAUGGACGCCCAUACUCCACCUUGGCGGAGUCGGCAGGGAAGCCACGGCAGUUGACUUGCCGCUGUGAGGCGAAUAGCGUAGCUGAAGCUGCGUAUCUUAGAUCGAGACCCCCACCCCCACCCCGGUGUAGACCAGCCCUAAGAGUCACUCGGCUUGAGCACUAGAGGGACAACAAUGGAAACUGGGUGUAAACAAAAGAAAAUAUGAGAAACUGCAAGUUUUGACAGGGACAAGGAAACAAGGCAAAUCCCAGUACUCUUGUCUGUAAAAGUAGCUGGUGUCAUUUCUCCUCUGCUUUGAAUUCAUUUCCAGCAGGGUCCUGCACAGAAAUCAGAUCUUUGGAUGGGCAGGACAUUUAAAAUCAAACAAUCGAAAAAAAACCAAAAGGCACCCUGGCCGCUCCCAGCAGGGGUGUUACGCAAUGCAGCGUUUAUAUGUAGGUCCUACAAAAAGUGUGUUGCUUUCUGGUGAUGCAAAGGGGCCCUGUGCUGGCAGCAUGUGGGAAUAGGUGGUACAGGAUGGAUGGACUUCCAAUGGGAAUGAGUUUGGCAAAAUCCCUCCAGUUACGUGCUGUUUGUAACCUCCCUUGCCUGAGUCUUUGUCCCGUAACCCAGGUCUGUUCAGAAAGGGCGCGGGCACGUCUCUGAGGAGGGGGCUUAGCUAAGGAGACGCCGGCUUUGACGGGUGGCGUCGCUGAAACGAACGCUGUUGCUUUUGUAACGAUCUUGGUGCAGCGUGUGGCGCGUUGGGUCUUGGAGAGCCCCAUGAGCAGGGGGAACUGGGGGAGUGUUACACAAAGAGCUUUGACUCUUGCCUUUGGGGAAAGAUUUGGGGGCAGGGGGAUGCUGCAGGAUGGUGGGUUUGCCCCAACUCCAGGAUGUUCUGGUGCUCUCCCGUGGGGGCCUGGCCUCUUGCCGAUCAAACACACCUGCUUGAGAGCAGAAAGCUUUAACAAUCCUUGUGCAAUACGGCCUGGGCACUCAGUGUCUGUUAGCGUCACUCCUUCCCCAGGGGCAGGGGGCGAGUCGCAGCACAGGUCUACAUCCGAUCCCUUCCUGCCGCAUGUCCCUUGGUGGAAGGCCUGGCACUGCGCGUGCUGCUCACUCAGUUGGUGUCUGUACCCUGAACUUAGACCUCUCUCGGCGGGACACUGAGCCCAUGGCUGACCUCCAUUGUCGCUUUAAACAGGGCAAUUGUUCCAAAAUAAAGGUGAUAUUUUGUGUCUCUUG